AGAGAGCAAGAAUAAGAGGAGAGCGGGAAGUUGCAUCUAUUUUUCAUGCAGCACCAUCACCAUCACCAUCCCUCUUCUGCCUUAGCUUUUCCUCCACUUUACUUCUCAGGUCCUGGAUGAGAGCUAAAUACUGUGUGGGACUCAGGCUCACAGAGGAGAAUGAGUUCUGCGGAGGAGAGAGAGGACCAUGAUAUGUACUGUGAGAAGGCGGUAGCCCUCAUCAUUGACCUCUGCCUGGACGACAGCCCACUGUUGCAGCCCAAUACCUGCCAGGACUUCAUCACACUGCUAGCCACCAACCAGAACCCAAACUCUGCAGGGUCAGAUCUCUCCUUCAGCCUCCUGCUCCUGGUGUUUGUGGCCUGUGGCCUGAGCCUGCUGAGCGUCAUCGUCUUUGCCUCCUGGAAGCUGUGCAGGGUGCACUGGCGCACCAAGGACCUCUCCUCCAGUGCCACUGCCCUCGCGCCCCCUUCCUCUGCCUCUGACAGACCCUACGACAGAGCCUUGCCCGCACACGGCCACAGGCCUACACUCGUACACGCACACACGCACACACACGCCAUGGCGUCGGACAAGCAGAAUCCUUUGGACCCGGCAAGUUUCCUAGAGGCAGCUGUGAAGAUCAGCCACACGUCACCUGACAUCCCUGCCGAGGUGCAGCUGUCCAUGAAGGACCACUUCCUGCGCCGCACGCGUAUGUCCAGGCAGACCACCGAGCCCAACUCCUCCAAUAGGCACAGCUCCUUCAAGAAGCACCUCCCCCGACAAAUGCACCAUGUCACUAGCCUUGACCGAGGCAGCGACUUCCCCUAUACAGAGGACCAAUCCACCAGCCUAGCCAGUUUGGGCCGCAUCCAGCCAGAGCUCUACAAACAGAGCCCACUGGAGGCCGACGAGUCCUCCAAGAACUGCGCCGCCGCCAAGACCUGUGGUAAGAUCAACUUCUCCCUCAAGUACGACUACGAGUCUGAGGCUCUCCUCGUCAACAUCCUCAAGGCCUUCGACCUGCCCGCCAAGGACUUAUGCGGCAGCUCCGACCCCUACGUCAAAAUCUACCUCCUGCCUGACCGCAAGCGCAAGUUCCAGACCCGCGUCCAUCGCAAGACGCUCAACCCCAUGUUUGAUGAGUCCUUCCAGUUCACCGUGCCCUACGAGGAGCUGGGCAGCAGGAAGCUGCACCUGAGCGUAUUUGACUUUGACCGCUUCUCCCGCCACGACAUGAUCGGAGAGGUCAUUCUGGAGAAUCUGUUUGAGGUGUCGGACCUCUCCCGUGAGAUGGCCAUCUGGAAGGAUAUUCAGUACGCCACCUCUGAGAGUGUAGACCUGGGGGAGAUCAUGUUCUCUCUCUGUUACCUGCCGACCGCAGGCCGACUCACCAUGACCGUCAUCAAGUGCAGGAACCUCAAGGCCAUGGACAUCACAGGAUACUCAGACCCAUAUGUCAAGGUCUCCCUGGAGUGUGACGGACGGCGCUUGAAAAAGAAGAAAACCACCAUCAAGAGGAACACUUUGAACCCCACCUAUAACGAAGCUAUCAUCUUCGACAUCCCCCCUGAGAACAUGGACCAAGUCAGCCUGCACAUAUCCGUCAUGGACUAUGACCUGGUGGGACACAAUGAGAUCAUAGGUGUAAACAGAGUGGGCAGUCAUGCAGAGGGACUGGGCAGAGACCACUGGAACGAGAUGUUGGCCUAUCCACGCAAGCCCAUCGCUCACUGGCACUCUCUACUGGAGGCAAGCAAGUCUCAGAAAGAGUGGAAAACCCGCACUGCAAGUUUUGACAGCCAAGGCUCUUGCCCUUCUCCAAGACUCCUGUCUAGUCCAUGAGGGAGGAGCUAGAGUUUAUACUCCACGACUCUACAAAGCCUGCCCUGUAGCAAGGCCUGAAAUAUGGAGUGUCCCAGACCCAGACCCACACAUGUUGUGCCUCAGAAUAUGUAAAGUGCAGUAAAUUGCUCUGGAAUGACAUUAUCUCGCCAUCACACACCCACACACAUACACAAACACAUUUCUCUUGUGCCCUCUUGGACAGUCACUUUGUCAUGGUACGUAAUAGCCUAAUGUAUGCUGGGUCUGGUGGGAUCAUUGUUAUUGCAACAAUAGUUUUGCAGUUGAGCUCAGCCUGGUUUGGUUAUACACCUGAGGUUAACAUCUUUGUAUAUAUGUAAUGCCCUUUGAUACUGACAUCAAUAAUAGCACUGUAUUUAGAAUCACAUAUUUAUGAUAUUAUCAACAUGACUACCCCCCUGAAUUUACUUUUCUGUUUCAAUUGUCACCUGUGAAGUGUUUGCCAAUAGUCUCUUGUUCAGGCAAUGUCAUGUACUUUGUUGAGGGAGUUGGCUUGACCUUUGACCCCUUUGCCUCAUUAGCCUUGUGAUAAGUGCUUGAAUCAAUGACUUUCCUCUGUUUUUUCCAAGCAAUUUAGAGUAUCUUUCCACUUUUGUAUUGAACAUGUGUAUUUGUAACAUAACUGUUUCCAGGCGUCCCUUAUAUUUUAAAGAAGUGAUAAUAAAGUUGUCGAUUCUGGUUCUAACAUUCCAAAUCGAGUGUCGAUA